AUGGUUGAGAAACUGGGCCUUGCCGCUGAAGAAUCAUCAGCAGAGGUAGUUGUCCUACGGCAGGAGUUAGCAUAUUUGAGGAAGAAAGAAAAAGCAAAUUCCGACUCCUCAAGGGUACAAAGUAGAGCUGUUCUCUCCAAAGCCCUCGUAGUUACUACAGAUGAGGUUGUACGUCUGCGCAAUCAAUGGGAGGAAAAGCAAAAGAUUACCGCUGCGAGAGCUAUAGCAAAAGAGUUGAAGGCAGCGGAGCGGACAUCAAAGAGCGCCGAGACAGACUGCGCCGAGCCCGCAAAUCUCGGCAGGAAACUCACUCAAGGUUAG